CCUCGCCGUUCCUCCAACCUCCCAGCGAGAAGGAGGAAAGAGCGUCCCCGGAAACCAUCGAAAGAUCGGUGUAGAGCGGCGCACGUUUUCCUCCGUCCGCGGUGCUUCUCAGCUUCCGGCUCCUGGCGAGCAAGGACCGCGGCUUCCCCCUCUGCCCAGGCGGCUAGUGGGGCUCGCGCGCUUCAGUCUAAGUUGGCUAAGAGCUUUGAGAUUCCUCGGUACAAUGACACAAGCAGAAAUUAAACUAUGUUCUUUGCUGCUGCAAGAGCAUUUUGGAGAAAUUGUAGAAAAAAUUGGAGUCCACCUCAUUAGAACUGGCUGUCAGCCACUGAGAGUAAUUGCCCAUGACACAGAAACAUCAUUGGACCAGGUGAAAAAGGCCCUUUGUGUCCUCAUUCAACAUAACCUGGUAAUAUAUCAAGUGCACAAACGUGGUGUGGUGGAGUAUGAAGCCCAGUGCAGCCGGAUGUUGCGAAUGCUUAGGUACCCCCGGUACAUCUACACUGCCAAAACACUGUACAAUGACACUGGAGAACUGAUUGUGGAGGAGCUGCUCUUGAAUGGCAAAAUGACAAUGUCAGCUGUUGUGAAGAAAGUGGCAGACCGGCUCACAGAGACUAUGGAGGAUGGCAAGACCAUGGACUACACUGAAGUAUCAAACACAUUCGUGCGACUAGCAGACACACACUUUGUGCAGCGUUGUCCCAUCGUGUCUGCCACUGAAACUGCAGAGCCUACACCACCACCACCUGCCCCCACUCUUGUCAUUAACGAAAAGGACAUGUAUUUGGUUCCUAAACUAAGCUUGAUCGGGAAAGGUAAAAGGAGGAGGUCAUCUGAUGAAGAUGCUGCUGGGGAGCCCAAGGCCAAGAGAGCGAAACAUAUAGAAAGCAAAGAGCCCAUUCCAGAUGAUGGGAUUUACUGGCAAGCGAACCUUGACAGAUUCCACCAGCAUUUCCGUGACCAAGCCAUUGUCAGUGCAGUUGCCAACAGGAUGGAUCAGACCAGCAGUGAGAUUGUGCGAACCAUGCUCCGAAUGAGUGAGAUUACCACUCCAUCCUGUGCCCCCUUUACUCACCCACUGUCUUCCAAUGAGAUCUUCAGAUCCUUACCUGUUGGCUAUAACGUCUCUAAGCAAGUUCUUGAUCAGUAUCUCACUCUGCUGGCUGAUGAUCCACUAGAGUUUGUUGGAAAGUCUGGCGACAGUGGUGGAGGAAUGUAUGUCAUCAAUCUGCAUAAGGCUCUAGCCUCCCUAGCCACAGCCACCCUGGAGUCUGUUGUACAGGAAAGAUUUGGGUCUCGCUGUGCCAGGAUAUUUCGUCUUGUUUUGCAAAAGAAACACUUGGAGCAGAAGCAAGUUGAAGACUUUGCAAUGAUUCCAGCAAAGGAGGCCAAGGACAUGCUUUAUAAGAUGCUCUCAGAAAAUUUCAUUUCACUCCAGGAAAUUCCCAAAACACCAGACCAUGCCCCAUCCAGGACCUUCUAUUUAUACACUGUGACCGUCUUGUCAGCUGCACGAAUGUUACUGCACAGAUGCUAUAAGAGUAUAGCCAACUUGAUAGAAAGGAGGCAAUUUGAAACCAAAGAGAACAAGCGUCUUCUAGAUAAGUCUCAGAGAAUAGAAGCCAUCAUCGCUUCCAUGCAGGCUACAGGUGCAGAGGAGACCCAGCUACAAGAAAUAGAGGAGAUGAUCACAGCCCCUGAGCGCCAGCAGCUGGAGACUCUGAAACGUAAUGUCAACAAAUUGGAUGCCAGUGAGAUCCAAGUGGAUGAAACCAUUUUCCUGCUGGAGUCCUACAUUGAGAGCACCAUGAAGAGACUAUGACCAGAAGAAGAGUCUUCCUCCAAAGAGCUGGGCAGAUUGGAAGGCAAAAUAAAGGAUGUGUUUGAAUACAUUCUUUGCAUUAGGAUAAGUUCAGUACAAGCUUCUUAUACUGAAAUCCACCCUGGAUACCUACCACCCAGAAUACACCUUUUUUUUUUUUAAGUUUACUGAUUCCUUCUUGAACCCUUCAAUGUAGUCUCACCUUAAUCAAAUGUUGGCAGGGAGAAGAAACUUAAACCAACUUGAUCAUUCAUCUCUCUUAUAUAUCAGUGCCCAUGAAGAAGUCAGCCAAAUCAGCCUAUUUUUAAACUCUCCUGGCUGUAGAGAGCAGUUCUUGUUAGGCAGUUCUUUUCAUUUUCAAAAGACUGGACCUGUUCUUUUUCUUUUUCUUUCUUUUUUUUUUAGUUGCCAUCAGCGUUAUCACUGGAGCUAAAGCACACUGAAUCUCCACUCUUGGUG